CUUAGUAGGACCUCUGAUUAGGUUGACCACAACUAUUGCCUCAGGGAAAAACAUCCAAAGGCCUUCUAUUUAUGUACAGUUUCGAUGUAUUCCUUAUUCUAACUCAGCUUCGUGUCUACGGCUCCUUUCUUGCUCUGACAACUCUCUUUCGGUUAAAUCUCCAGGAUUUAUUUUAUUAGCUACUCAUUUCCACUGGGCUAAUUUGGAAGACAUAGCUGUUGUGGACAAGAGAGAGCAUUGUUGUCUGAGAUCCGUGAUUUUGUAUCUAUCUAUUUAUUUAUAAUCAUUUGAACCACAGACUCCUCAAGAUGAAGGACCGAUUGGCGCAGCUGAAAGAGAAGAGUGAUGCUGGAGUCGAUGACAUUGAGAUUCCUGUGGAGAACGAGGCUUUCAUGGAUGAUUUCUUUAAUCAGUCGGAAGAUAUCCGCAGCAGCAUUGACAAGAUUGACGAGAGUGUCGUAGAAAUAAAAAAACUCUACUCCACCAUCUUGUCUGCCCCCACAUCUGAACAGAAAACACAUGAUGACGUUGAAGCCCUCACCAAUGAGAUCAAGAAGUCAGCCAACAAUGCAAGAAACAAACUUAAGAGUAUUGAGCGACAGCUUGAGUCAAACACAGACGAGAGGGCCUCAGCCGACUUCAGGAUACGCAAAUCACAGCAUGCUAUCCUGGCCAAGAAGUUUGUAGAGGUGAUGACAAAAUACAACGAGGCUCAGGUUGACUUCAGAGAUAAGAGCAAAGGACGAAUCGCCCGACAGCUGGAGAUCACGGGUAAAGCAACGACUGACGAGGAACUGGAAGAGAUGCUUGAGGGAGGCAACUCAGCUGUUUUCACUGCAGGGAUUAUGGACUCUAAAAUCAACCAGCAGGCCUUGAAUGAGAUUGAGGCUCGUCACAAAGACAUCAUGAGGCUGGAAAGCAGCAUCAAAGAGCUCCAUGACAUGUUUGUUGAUAUCGCCAUGCUGGUUGAGAAUCAGGGUGGCAUGAUGGACAGAAUUGAGGGCAACAUGGACCAGUCAGUGGGCUUUGUAGAGAGAGCAGUGGCCGACACCAAAAAGGGAGCCAAAUUCCAACAAGAGGCGCGUAGGAAACAAAUGAUGAUCUUCUGCUGCUGUGUGAUCUUGGCCUUGAUACUGGGUUCAUUUAUCUUCAGCUUCUUCAAAUAGAACACCAGAAUGAGGCCACCCACCAGCUGAGUCCACAUAGCGUAUGAAGAUGAGGCAGAGCAGCAUUGCUUUCAGUUGGUCACAAUAUAGAGCCUACUCUCAUUUUAACUCAUUCAAAAUAGAAAUAGAGGCUGCAAAUAUUUGCAUUCAGUCUCAGUUAUAAAAACUUUCUUAACCUUCUCAUGGUGCCCCAUAUUUAAUUCAUUAAAUUAAAGAUAAUCUGAAUGGAAGUCUUGCCUAAGAAGAGACUGUAAUAUGAUUCCAGUGCAUUUAGAUUGAAUUGAUAUAUCUCUUACAUAAUUACUAACCCAAACCCUGCCGAAUUCAGAGUCACUUAAUGUUAGCGAGAUUAACAAAACAUAACAACAAAUAUUAGAGACACCUUUCAAAAAAUGCAUUACUUUACAUCCAAUACACCACUGGCACUACCACAAAAUUACCUCAUACAUAGUUGAAUCACCAGACCAUAGUUCAACACAAAUCUGAAUAUUAAUUCAUGAUAAAUGUGAGAUGCAUUGUAGACUAGUGCAUUGCCUAUGUAUACUGCAUAUCUGUAUACUGCAUCUCCCUAUAUACACUGUAGACAGAACAUGUUCUAUUCACAAUGAUGAAGUCCCACUUUGGCAAAUAUGUAGUUUUUAAAAUCUUUUUUUGAGAACUAGAUAUAGCAGUAUUAUUAUUAACUUGUAUGGUGUUAUGUGCAGGAUUUUUCAGUAAAUUAUAUUGUAUUACUAUCCUGUCCGAGCAGGGUAUCUUAUUUGCAUUUAUUUACAUCUGUGUCCCCUUUUCCAUAUGAGAAAAGCAGGUGUCAACUUCUCAUUCUCCCCUUUACUAGGAGGGAAAGAUUCCUUACAACGCUGUCAAACCUAUCAGAGUAUCUUGAAGUAAACUAUAAGAUGUGUAGUGCUCCAUGAACUACUUUCUCAGAUUAUUCAAACAGACUGAAUAGUGAUCAAGACCUGCUUUUUAAAAUAUAUCAAAAUAUGUAAAGAUAAAAUUGUUGUCAAAUUAAUCCACAAGAAACAACUAAAAUGAUUCGUUGAUAAUUAAGGAAUGAAUAGCAGCCUGUUAACAUUUGAAUGAAGUGAAAGUAAAAAGACGUCCCAGUAGCAUGACUGAAUGAUCACCGCAUUGCCCGUCAGCAUGGUGCAUGUCUAUGCAGUCAGUUUCAUGAAUAUUGUUGUUGUUAUUUGUUUGUACAUUUCACUGUUAUUUUCUGCAUCGUGGGCCUUUAUUCAAAUUAUGUUCAAUAAAAUAAAGGAGGAUUGUUCAUAUAUUGGAGUUUUGAUGUUGAACUGAUGACAAGAUGAUUCGUAGUUGACCUCUAUGAUCUUAAAUUAGGAGGAAAGAUUAAUGGUCACAUCGACCCAUCUAUCCACCAUUAUUAUUAUUAGCUUGUGUGAGACUUGUAACAUGUUACAGGAAUGUGUGCGUUCUUCUUUUCCUGCUUGCAUUAUUUGAGCCCUGUCAAUUGGUAUUAAUUUAUGCGGUAGUUGUUCUAUUGUUCAUUUGUAGUUGUGUUCACUGUUGACUAAAAUAAAAUUAAACUGUUA